UGCGGUCAAGCCAGCCUCCACUCGUGAAGUAGCAGUCAAGCUAGCCGCCCCUCAUUUUGUUCAUAUUCGGCAUUACGGUAAUAAGUCGCCAACUCGCGGCGAAAUUUGGACCGAAUGUUGUGAAUCCCGGAUCACGACUUUAGCGGACUAAAACAUCAUCCGGAGUCGCCUCGUGCACGUGGAAGCUUCUCGGCCUAGCUUAAUUUAGCUUAGCUGGCUCACAAAGAGACGCGUUUGUGAUCAUUAACUUCGCCAAGCAGAGAUCAAGGUCAAGUGGUUUUCUUUCCACCACCGACUAUCUCCUAUUUCUUACAACGCAUCAUUGCGUUCAACGCCUCCAACCUCGGAGCAGAAAGCGUGAAAAUGUGCGCGAGGAGGCCAGCGGAGUACGAGGAGGAACUUCGCGGCCCCAAAGAGGAGAAGGAGCCACGAGGUCAGCGACUGGACGCUGUGUUCAAUCUGCGGCCUCGAAUUGUGCUACGCAGAGCAGACAUCACUGAAGAUCUUCGUACUGAGAAGCAGGAGCCAGAGCCCCCUCACAUUAAAGAGGAAGUGGAGGAUGAAGAGGUCCACCACAUCAAAGAGGAAGAGGAGCCGAUUUCGAUUAAAAAAGAGGAGGAAGAAGCACGGUCCCACAUCAAACAAGAAGGGGAGGGGGAGGAUAUCACCAAGUUUCCAUCGACUGCUAUGCCUUUGAAGAGUGAAGAUGAUGGUCAAAGUGAGGAGAGCAGACGGGUCGAGCAUCCAAACAGCACCUCAAGUCAACACAUGGCAACAGAAGGUGAUGGAGACCACUGUGCAGUAUCGCAAGCAGACGGCCUCUUAGCUCCACUGUCAGAUCGUGACGACAUGACGUCACACUCUACUCACACUGAUGAGGAUGAUGAUGAUGAUGAUGAUAAACAGUCUGAAGGUGAUAUGACAUGUCACACUGACAACAAACAAUGGAGAUGUUCUCAUUGUGGGAAAACAUUUGCUUAUAAGAGCAGUUUGAAACACCACGUGAGAACCCACACUGGUGAGAAACCUUUUUCCUGCUCGGUUUGUGGUCAAAGAUUCUCUAUGAAGGGAAGUUUAGUAAAACACACAAGAACCCACACUGGUGAGAAACCUUUUUCCUGCUCAGUUUGUGGGCAAAGAUUCUCCGAGAAGGGACAUUUACAAAUACACACUAGAACUCACACUGGUGAGAAACCUUUUUCCUGCUCAGUUUGUGGUCAAAGAUUCUCUGUGAAGGGACACUUAAAAAUACACACGAGAACCCACACUGGUGAGAAACCUUUUUCCUGCUCAGUUUGUGGUCAGAGAUUCUCUGUGAAGGGACACUUAAAUAUACACACAAGAACCCACACUGGUGAGAAACCUUUUUCCUGCUCAGUUUGUGGUCAAACAUUCACGCAUAAGGGAAGCUUAAAAAGACACACAAGAACCCACACCGGGGAGAAACCUUAUUCCUGCUCAGUUUGUGGUCAAAGGUUCACGCAUAAGGGAAACUUAAAAAGACACACAAUAACCCACACUGGUGAGAAACCUUUUUCCUGCUCAGUUUGUGGUCAAAGAUUCUCUGUGAAUGCACACUUAAAAAUACACACAAGAACCCACACUGGUGAGAAACCAUUUUCUUGCUCAGAUUGUGGUCAAAGAUUCACGCAGAAGGGAAGCUUAAAAUUACACACAAUAACCCACACUGGUGAGAAACCUUUUCCCUGCUCAGUUUGUGGUCAAAGAUUCUCUGUAAAGCUACACUUAACAAACCACACAAGAACCCACACUGGUGAGAAGCCUUUUUCUUGCUCAGAUUGUGGUCAAAGGUUCUCUGAAAAGGGAAACUUAAAAAAACACACAAGAACCCACACUGGGGAGAAACCUUUUUCCUGCUCAGUUUGUGGGAAAAGAUUUGCUCAUAAGGCAAACUUAAAAUUACACACAAGAACCCACACUGGUGAGAAACCUUUUCCCUGCUCAGUUUGUGGCCAAAGAUUCUCUCGUUCGUCUCGGGUUAAGACGCACAAGUGUGCUGGUGACAAUAGCCGUGAUCAAGAAGCUUUUAAUGAACAUGUAAAUGUUAUGUAAAUUCAAUUGAUAAUUUUACAAUCCUAUACUGAUGAAUCAUUGGUUUUCGGGCAGCUUUUGGCCCGCCCACAUUUUGUACAUGUCAGCCUGCAUAACGAGCAAAAUGUCCUCAUUGAACUUCUGUUUUCCAUUGUGUAAUUUUUGCCCAUAUUAAAAGUCAGGAUGAAUUAUUUUGACAAAUAUGAGUGAAAAUAGUGAUCGUGAAAUAUGUUGGAACGCUUGCUUAAAAAAAAAAAUCGAAAUGCCUCCUUGAGGAAAGAAGAAUGUGUAGUAUCCAUGUGUGUGUGUGUGAUCAAAUGUAUGUACUCUAUAGAUCACAAAGACGUUUCUGUAGGCGGCAUGGCUGGCUGUCAUAACGCGGAAUGAGCCAUGACGAACGCGUUACGUCGCUUCAUGUCCGGAAACUGCAACUGAUCCAUAAAAUCUAAAAAAAAAAACAAUGGGAUUGAUUGGUGUAAUAUUUUCAGAGGUUGAAGUUGACAAGAGUAAAGAUGUCCGUAUCAA